AUGCCCGAAGUGAGACCAGAGAGGAUACUGUCUUUCAGUAGCGAAGAUAAGGCAUACCCCGCCAACAAUCUACUUAAAGUCAGUGCCUUUUCCAAGUGGAAGUGUCAGCAAGCUGGCGCGAAACAUGCAUCUGUCACCUUCAAAUUUGCUUGUCCCAUUCAGUUCACUCGCCUCGACAUAGGCAACGAAGCAUCUGCAUUUAUUUCAGUCGAGGUAUCUCGAGCCGAUUCUUCGGAAUUUGAGCUCUUACUACCGUCGUCAUCCCUUAUGUCUCCUGCAGAUGCCAAGAAAGGCGUCUCUCUUAAUCGUGUGCGCAUAUUCUCCAGUAGUGAGCUCACUCCUUCUAUCUCCUGCCAAAAGUGGGACAUAUUAAGAGUCAACUGUACACAGCCUUUCAAUACAGAAUUUCAAUAUGGGCUGGCUUUCAUUCGAUUCUAUCGCACGCCAGAUGUGGUUGACGUGAUUCCAACCGCGGCGACGGAAGAAGGGGGAAACUCGAGUAAAGAAUGUGACGAGUUGCUGAAACCUGGUGGAUUAUUCAGGCUGGCAAAAAGAAGUGGCGAAUCGGAAGAAAAAUCCGCUAUAACGAAUGUUUCAAGCAUUAAGGCUGCAGCCUUCGCGACAGCAAUGGACUCACAAGGGACAACUGCUUUGGCUACCUCGGCAGCGUCAGUGACUUCCACGCCAUCAACGUCGGCCGCCCAGGAGGUCAGUUCAGCAGCAGGUGAUACGAGCACAGUGGCAGAGGGAGGUGCAAGGGCUGGAGUGAAAGGGAAGGGACGAUGCAUCCUCGACGGCGUUGUGGUCGCCUUCAGUGGCUACAAAAAUCCCUUCCGCUCGGAGCUCAGAGAGGUGUGCCUGCGAUUGGGGGCCAAAUAUCGGCAGGAUUGGACUGACGACUGCACCCACCUCAUUUGCGCUUUUCCGAAUACACCAAAAUGGAAUGCGGUGAAAGGAAGGGGAAUCAUCACCUCCCACAAGUGGAUCCAGGCGUGUAACACAGCUCAGAGGCGUGUCUCAUGGCGUCCCUAUCGUGUCGGCCGGGCUCCCAGUCCCGUCGGCCAUGUUUCAGACGGUAACGACGACGAUGUGGACAGAUCAAUGGUGGAGGAUGCAAAUAGCGAUGAGUGGCGACCAGACGGUUCUGACCAGGACGACGAGGAAAGCGAUGAAUCCUCUGUCUCAGACGUCUCUGAAGAGUCCCAUCCAGAAGGUGAGGAGAAUGAAAAUGAGGAUGACUCAGACAGAGGAGGAAAAAGCAAGCCUCCUCGACAGAAAAGACGACGAAUCAAGGUUCUGACCCCAUCCACAUCAAAGGCACCUCGUAAAAAUGUUGAGGAUGAGGAUACUGAUGAAGAAAUUCAGAGAAAUUUGGGUAAUAAUGCUACUUCGGCACGAAAAUCUGGAUCCCUCCCGCCUCUACCGGACUAUUUUAGCGGACGAAAGUUUUUUAUUUUUUCAAGAGACCUUGACGUCAAGGAGGGAGAAACUGUAUAUCGACUGAUUAUCGCCUUUGGAGGGAUAAUUGAGCCUCAUAUGAGCACUGAUGUUGAGUUCGUGGUAUCUCGAGCUGCCUGGUGUGACGAAUUCGAUGAGGCUCUGGAGGUUUCCUCGUCAUUGACUUUUGUCAAACCUGAGUGGAUUUACGCCUGUGACAGAGCCGGAAAAAUGGUUCCAUUCCAACUCAGGUGCGAGUCUAUCGCCACUGAUCCCGAUCACGCCCAACAGCAGCGACUUAUAGUGAUAAUGAUACCGCACUUGAAGGACCGUGUUUUGAGGCCACCGAAUGGGAAUCGGGAGGGUAAACAGUUCUGGUCGCUUCCAAAACCGGGCCGAUUUUCAUUACACCUUACGCUCAUCCAUUAUGCGAGGAGAGGUCCCCUCGGUGUAGUCGAGAUUAAACGACCACAUCACGACAGGAGAGGCAAUGGGGCUCUUCACACUACCGAUCCGGUUAAUGAUGGUGGUGCUGCGACGUCAGCACCUCCUCUGUGCGUGCCUGUGUUCGCACUGCAGCACCACUUGAGCCGCUGCGUCCAGCGCGGCACUGGAGGAGGGGUGGCACUCGUGGUCGCACACGCGCAGCGCAAUGACCUCGGCACCUCUGGGGGAGAGAAACUCACCAUAGUGGCGAAUGCUGUGGUGCCUGCUUUGCUUGCAACCGUUCAGUUCUAUUUUAAUGCGUCCACCACAAGGGCGUGGUAUACCGCCGGCAAAUUAAUGUCGACACCCACCGUCGGGAUGGUCUCUGUGCUCACCUCAAAGACUUCAUUGUCAUUGCCUGGAAAAGCAAGGCCGGACGACAAGCUAUUGUGCACGCGCUCGGUGAGUGUGUGCACGUGGGAGCCUGCGUGGCACCGUGUGCUCACCCCACGCCACCACUCGCGCGAGUCCCUCGCUUUGCGCUCCACCGAUUGUCGCUGA